UAAUAUAAAAAACACGAAAGGAAAAUACAAAUAUUAUUUUAAAAUAAAAUUAAAACAUUAAUAAAAUCAUUUCUUCUUUCCCUCCAUUAAAAGAAUAAAUCCUUAAAAGACUUUAAAGGCAAAAAAGGCAAAUUUUAACUAAAAGAAAAAAGUUAAGUGAUUAUACAAAAAAGUAAAACAAAAAUCUACUUAAAAAAAACAACAUCUAAGUACAAACAUAAAAAUAUUAAAAAAAAAAACACAGACACACACAAAAGAAAGAAAAAUGUUACUUAAAUGUUGUUAAAUAUUUAAAACAUAACACAAGUACAACAAUUAAUGUGGCCAAAAUUAAACAAACUCACAUUUUCAAGUGUACAACAGUGUUGAAAAGUUUUCAACUUUGGCAAAACCUUAAAAAUAAAUAGAAAAUGAGAAGUGUAAAGAAACUCACUGAUUCGACAAUUUAAAAGAAAUUGUCCCAAAGGAAAUAAAUUUCUUCCAUAGAAACAACAUUACCAACAACAAUUACCACCAGAACCAAAGUGAGAAGUAAUAAAAGAAGGGAAUAAAGGAAUGUAUGAAUGUAUGUGUAACAUGAUUAUUUACUUUACAAAUUCAGAAAAUUUCAAAUUAAUAAAAUAAUAUUUUUUAAUCAACACAUCGAAUAUGCAAAACAUCCUUGACUCUUCAGUAUUUAUUAAAUUAUUUAUAUAAAAAUAUAAACAGUAAAUUUAAAAAACUCAACCAUGUACAACGUAUUCUGUCAACAACGAUUAGAGCAGCUGCAGCAACAAAAACAACGACAAGAACAACAUAUGUCAUUAUUUUGUAAAUAAUUAUAAAAACAGAAAGAUUUAUUUAACGUUCUUAACUCUGAACUAUAAUUAAAAAUUAUUAUAAAUCUAUGAAAAUGUUACUUUUUGACAAUGAACCCAAUCAAACGUAUUCCAUUUUAUUAUCAUCCAAUGAAUUCGAAAGCAUGGAGUCAUUAUCAGCAUCUGCAACUGCAGCAUCGUCGUCAUCAUCUUCAUCCGCCCUUUGGUUUCCAUCGCCUUCAUCAUCGUCGUCCGCCUCCUCCGAUUCAGCCGUAUCUGCAAUAUGGAAUUUUGAUAAGUUGCCAUCGGCCAAGGCCUUAUUGAAUAACGAAUGGUUGCAGCAGAACAUGAGCCAAAUGCUGAACAUGUCCAGUGACAAUUUAACAAAUUUAUUCACCAGCAUCCAACAGCAGCCGGUGCCACAAUCCCAACGAUCGCCCAUGCCGCUUUUGGCCACAUUGACGGUCUGUUAUACGCUGAUAUUUAUUGCUGGUGUCCUUGGAAAUCUUAUAACAUGUAUUGUGAUAUCUCGUAAUAAAAUUAUGCAUACGGCAACGAAUUUUUAUCUCUUUAAUUUGGCCGUAUCCGACCUGAUACUCCUGUUGUCAGGUAUGCCUCAGGAUUUAUACAAUCUGUGGUAUCCUGACUCAUAUCCUUUUACCGAUGUCCUGUGCGUUAUGGAAGGUGUUUUGUCGGAGACAGCUGCCAAUGCAACUGUACUGACUAUAACAGCCUUUACUGUGGAACGUUAUAUUGCCAUCUGCCAUCCAUUUCGCCAACAUACCAUGUCGAAAUUAUCACGUGCUGUUAAAUUUAUUUUGGCCAUUUGGUUAACGGCUUUUGUGUUAGCUUUACCCCAAGCGAUGCAAUUUUCCGUGGUACCACAGCAUGGUGGUACAGCAUGUACGAUAAACAAUGAUUUCUUUGCACAUGUUUUUGCGGUGUCGGGUUUUAUAUUUUUUGGUGGACCCAUGACUGCAAUUUGUGUUCUUUAUGUACUAAUAGGAGUGAAAUUAAAAAGGAGUCGCUUGUUGCAAGCUGUGCCAAGAAGAUGUUACGAUGUCAAUCGGGGUAUUAGUGCACAAACUCGAGUCAUAAGAAUGUUGAUUGCGGUUGCUGUGGCAUUUUUUCUUUGUUGGGCACCAUUUCAUGCACAACGUUUGAUGGCUGUUUAUGGCUCUACAUCGGGCAUUGAUUCAGAAGUUUUCAAUACCAUCUAUUAUAUAUUGGAUUAUACCUCAGGUGUAUUGUAUUUUCUGUCGACCUGUAUUAAUCCUUUACUCUACAACAUAAUGAGCCAUAAGUUCCGUGAAGCAUUCAAGGUAACCCUGGCACGCCAUUUCCUAUCGGGAAAAUACCAGAGUCAAAAUCACAAUUACAGUGCUCUGUUGAGGCAGAAUGGUUCGCUGCGUAUGCAUCAUACAACGGUGAAUAAUAAUGCUCUUGAGCACUAUAGCUCAUAUCGUGUUGUGCAAUUGCAAUGUCGUGACCCAAGCCAUCAUCUUUCUCUACAGGAUAGCAUAAGGACAACAACGACGACUACAACCGUCAACAGUGGCAAUGGCAGCGGAGUCGCCGGAGGAACAGCAGGCGGAGUAAUUGGUGCUGGCGGGAGUGGUACUGGCAGCGGAAGUUCAACACUUAUUGGCGGACAUCAUCAUAAUCAUCAUCAGGGCUGCAGCAAUAGUUGUAGAUCUUCGCAGCAUCGCAACCGCUGUGCAUCAAUUGGUUCUCAAUCUACGCUUCUUAACUCCCAAAUAGGACCCAAUACCCCAGCUCAACAUCGACUGCUACAGACUCAAAUAUCCCAACUGUCUUCGGUAGGUGAUGCAAACUCGCUAAUGGAAUGCGAUAUGACUGGAGGAAACACAGCUCCCCAAUGUCAUCAUCCCUCUGCAUAUAGGCUAAAGGAAAUACGCAGACAACGUUCUAGAGGCAAUGACGACUGUCACUCUAUAGACUCGUCGGCUCCUUCUCAUCACUGGAGAGAUGACCCUAAACGUUGUGUUUCUAUGCAUGAAACGGAGCUGUACACCAAACCAAUGGCUCCACAUAUAAUGGCGGCCACACUAGUGGCAACACAGCCUAUACAACCAAUGCACUCAAUAGCUGAACUUAGUAUAGAAAGACCAACAAGAUCAAGAUUAAAGUUAUCACGCAUAAUUACCAGGCGCCAACAAGAUGCUUUUGCAUUACAAUCUAGUCCAAGGGUAGAGUUAAUGAGACCUCAAUAUAAGGUGGAUAAAGCUUCGGUAAAAACGAUUAAUUCUCUGGCCGAUAAGUUCAAGUGGAGAACUAAGCGAAAAUUAACCAAAAAACGAACACCCGCAUUGAAAAAUGGCGAGGAGUAUGAUGAUUCCGCGAGCCUAGGUCCUCCUCUACCUACAACGGCCCUUAUGAAGGUAGUUUACACUACAGCAGCGGGAGCUGAUCUUGAACCAGAAUUAACACUUAACACAGAUGGUUCGUUGGGUUAUCGUACUCCACAUGCGUUAUGAUGACACAUCAAUGAAUUGUCACCAUUACGAAUGAAUGAAAAGUUGAACCAUGAAAUGGAGAAAGAAGAAUACGAAUUAAAUCAAUUUAGAUAAGACUGCUGAAAACAAACAAAACUAAACAAAAGGAAAGAAAAUACAAAAAUAGAACAGAAAUUUAAUGUAUAAAAAGCGUACAAGAAGAUUGUGAUGUUCAAGUGUCCAAAAUUCAAAAUGAGAUUCUAGUUUUUUUAGCUUAUUUAUAUGUAUAGUGACUUAACUAGUUGGCUGCUGAAUACUUGUUACUCUUGUUAUUUUUCUAGAUACAAAUUUCAACAACCUUGACUUUGAUAUAACAAAGACAAGAAAAUAAUAUAUAACGACAAUAAAUUGUCAUAGUUUAUAACAGAUAAUAGUGUUUGUUCAACAAAAGAGAAUAAAAAAAACUUUACAGCAUCAUCAAAAAAAUCUAUGAUUUGUGAAUUUAAAUACCUACCGACUACAUACUUAUAAAGUGGUGAAAAUACAGUUAAAAUAAAUUGUAAGUGUUAAAUGUAAACGUUAACAUGUAACGUUAAAUUACUCCAUUAAAAAAGGCUCUCAUAACGGAAAUUAACUCAUUGAUUGAUACUUCAAAAAACAAAUUAAAGUGUCUCAAAUUUAACGCCUACACUUUGUGGAAAACAAAGUGUAGGCAUGUUUAAAUAAUUUUAACAUAUUUUAAUAAUUUUACAUCAACUUGGUUAUUGUUUUCGCCCACAAAUUUUAACUUACAUUUAAAUAUGAUUUUUAUUGUAAAAGUAAUAAAUAAAAUGUCUUAAAGCUAAUUGACAUGUAAAAACUCAAAGUAACGUUUAACUUGUAAUGACAAUUUUUUAUCGUAAAGAUUAGAAAGAUUCAAUGGUAUUAAAAAAACGAAAAUAUUUUAAAAAUUUUACAAUUUCUUAUUCUGUGUGUUAUUUGUUUUUACACUUGUAAAGAUUAGUUAGAAGUCCUUUGUUCAAUUUUACCACUUUAUAUACAUAUGAAUGUACAUGUAAACACUUCUAGAAACUCCAUUGUUACAGUUUAGGUGACGGUUUUAUAGUUCACACUAAGGAAUGAAAUUUUUCUGAUUUCAUAUAAAUUUUGAAAUUUAGAUUUCUCUUAGUGAGAACUGUAAAACUUGUCCUAUGCAAUUUUAGUAACUUGUAGACGAGGUUAGAUACUAAUAAUGGUAGAUAAAAUGUUAAUAUGUCGCAAAGUCAUACUCAAUAAACAUAUUUAAAACAAAAUAGAUUAUCAAAAACUUGAAUUAUUUUAAUUUGCCAUAAAAACAAAACUUUAAUGACUAAUUUAAUGUUCCGAGUUAAAUUAAAACAAUAAAACUUAUUCAAUUUACUAAAAUGUUCAACUUGCUAGAAGUUUUAAAACUUUAAACGUGAUAUCAUAAGAAAUAGAAAAAAAGUCCUCUUUAAUAAGUUAAUA